AUGCCUGUCCAGACCAGAGCUGCUGCCCAGCCGCAGCCUGCGAAAGCAGUGCAGAAGUCCGCGGCACCUGAGCUCAAACAACUACAUUUCCCAACUCGCCGCCGCCAGGUUACAAAGACCUAUGGUCGCCGCGCUGCUCCCAAGCGCCCGGAUCAGACUUUAACACAAAUGGAGUUUGUGUCAGCAGCCGCCCAGGAAGAUCUCCAGCUCUUGAUCAGUAGUGAUGACGAUGACGAGAAGGAGAACGAGGAGACCGCAGGGGCUGCAAAUGUGCCAAAGCAGCCUGCUGUCAAGAAGAAGGCGACGCGGAAGACCAGUGCCCGCAGUAAUCGAAGGCGGACAACGGGCAAUGUGGCACAGGAUGACGAAAAACACGAGAAGCCGCGAAGUAACAAGAGACGCAAGACAAUGGGAGACCCACCCAGUGCAUCCAGCAGCUUUCAUACACAGACCCUAACGCAGUUUUUGUCGAGCACCAGCAAGGAUGAGGACGUCUGGAAGAUCCCGGACUCGGAAGAUGAAGACGCUGUGAACCUGGAUCUGGUCAAGGAGACGCCCAGGAAGCGGAAGAGCGAAGAGGUUAGCGAUGAAGUCGAGGUGAUAUCGGCAGCUAAGCCUGUCGCAACCACCCCCGCAAACCGGCAAAAGAAGGCCGAAAUACCUUCUUCUCAAUCUCCGGCCACUCCUCUCUUGCUAAGAGACAGCCCUCAGAAGGCACCCUCGCCGUUAAAGCACCCGGACACUCCUGAUUGCCUUAGAUACAACCCGGAGACAGAACCCUCACCACUGAAGCAAAAAAGUGACAAGACGUCACCCUCGGUUUCUAUACAAAAGCCCGUGACGAAAACACCUAGAACGCUGGUAAUUCAAGAUUCGUACAGCACAAGCCACAGCUCACCAAUAACACCGACACCAAAAGCAAAGGCAAAAGGAAUUCUACUCCCUUCGGGCACGGUAACGCCGGCCAAAAGGAUCAGGUUCGAGUUGCCUGAAGACAAAGAGAAUGUCACCCCAGGAAGGACUAAGCCAAAGUCGCCAAAGCCGGUGGAGGUGAGGACAUCACAACGACAACCCCUUUCCGAGGUCCCCGACUCAGACGACGAACUUGAAGAGGAGACCGAAACAGAUGAAGAUGGUGUUAUUGACGCAACGUCUACCGUCGUGUCAGAAAGUACCUUUGAAAUACGAGAGGAUGUAAAUGAAGUUGUGAUAACUGCAGAUGGAAUCGAGGAUGAUUUUGCAGCUGGGGCAGAAACACAAGCACUCCUCAUUUCUUCUGACCAUCCAGUGGAUCACGAGACCUUGAAUAGUACGCCUAUCGUUGCCGAGGACGAGGGUAGUGUCGACCAGGAAGAGGAUAGUGAGAAUUCAAGACCAAGGAAUACGACGCCGUCCGCUCAAGACUUUGUAGACGACAUAAUCGAGCAAACACCAAGCCGAACACCACGGGCCAGGCUAGGAGAAACGGAACGCACCGAGCAUGAAGAAGAGUUCACGCAGGGAUAUACGCAAGGAUACACGCAAGGAAUGGAAAGUCAGCGAGUUCCCCUCGAGACUAUCAAAGCGACAGGACCUAUAACCGACCGGUCUGACAUCAUCAUAUCCAUAUACUGCGAGCAUGUUGAGAACAUGACUAAGCGCAGAAAAACUCACGAGUUCCGGGAUUGGAAGAUACCCGAAACAGUUCAUCGUGUUUGGAUUUACGUUCCAAGACCGAUCAGCGAGCUCAGGUACAUGUGUACACUUGGGCCCGCAAAGACAGCCGGUCAAAUUCACGAAGACGGUCUUGGCAAUGCAGAGUUCAACCAAGGCAUGAUGAAGCGAUCAAAGUUUGCCUUUGAGGUUCUCAGCAUGUAUGAGCUCAAUAACCCAGUGUCCAAUCAGGUUAUGCAACAGAAUGGAUGGCCCAGGGCGCCGCAGAAAUUUUCCUAUGUCCCGCCUGCUGUUGUUGGCCAGCUUACUUCAAAUCUACGAUGUGCACUGUGGGGCGAGGAUGCCGAGCAGGACGUGAUUCAAAGCAGCUUGAAUGUGACCGAGUCACAAGAGCUUGCUCAUCAGAUACGGAGCGAUAUUGACCACGCGACGCAGCUGGAAUCCUCCGACCAGGCAGAAGUGAUUCCCUCCAGCCAGUCGCCUCCGCAGGUCGCUCACAACCGUGGUAAUCGACGUGGUAGCAGCGUCUUUGCAAGACCAGCCUUACCCAAAACUGCCACGGCCUCUUCAGCACGUUCUCUACCAGCUUCGCAAAGCCAACGCAACCGCAGAGAAACCCGCCCGUCACAGGCUACAACCAUAAGCCAAAUGUCCUCGAGCCCGCAUGUAUCGCCAGGCAAGUCUGUACCGCUGCCACCCAUGGCUGGCGCGCAGCGUACAGCCCCUGCACAGACUCAUGCGACAAGCAGUCCGGUGGCACAUGAGCACUCUCUUCGGUCGUCGCAGUUCCCUACCAAGAGCCAAAUGCUCCCGGACAGCCUGGUGAAUGGUGACAUUCAGGAACCCCCGCAGAUCAUAUGGGACUCGGAAGACGAGUCAGACUAG